AUGCCCCCUAAGAAGGCCGCCGUCCAAGAAAAGGUCCUCCUGGGCCGUCCCGGAAACAACCUGAAAAGUGGUAUCGUCGGUCUUGCCAACGUUGGCAAGUCCACACUCUUCCAGGCUAUCACCAAGUCGGGCCUUGGUAACCCCGCCAACUUCCCAUAUGCCACCAUUGACCCUGAAGAGGCCAAGGUCAUCGUUCCUGACGAGCGAUUCGAUUGGCUAUGCGAACACUACAAGCCCAAGUCGCGCGUUCCCGCCAACUUGACCAUCUACGAUAUUGCCGGUCUGACCCGCGGUGCGUCGACUGGUGCUGGUCUUGGUAACGCUUUCUUGUCUCACAUCCGAGCUGUCGAUGCCAUUUUCCAGGUAGUACGAUGCUUCGAUGAUGCUGAAAUCAUUCACGUUGAGGGUGAUGUCGACCCUGUCCGUGAUCUGACCAUCAUCAGCGAAGAGCUGCGGAUCAAGGAUAUUGAGUUUGUUGAGAAAGCUCUAGAUGCCCUUGGCAAGCAGACAAGACGUGGUGGACAGACUCUGGAGAUGAAGAAGCUGCGCGAAGAAGAAGCCACUGUUGCCAAGAUUCUUGAGUUCCUUAAGGAGGGCAAGAACGUUCGACACGGCGACUGGAGUCCUAAAGAGGUCGAGGUCAUCAACCCUCUCUUCCUUCUCUCAGCCAAGCCUGUUGUGUACUUGGUCAACCUGAGCGAGAAGGACUACAUCCGCCAGAAGAACAAGUACAUCCCCAAAUUAAUGGAGUGGAUUAAGACCAACUCCCCUGGAGACUCUAUUCUGCCCAUCUCCGCUGCUUUUGAGGAGCGUCUGACUCAGUUCGAAACCGAGGCUGAGGCUGACGAGGAGUGCAAGAAGCUUGGCGCCCGGUCUGGUCUGCCCAAGGCCGUCGUACAAAUGCGCCAGGUCCUCAACUUGGCCAGUUUCUUCACUACUGGAGCUGACGAAGUCCGUCAGUGGACAAUCCGUAAGAACACCAAAGCCCCUGCUGCUGCCGGUGUUAUCCACGGAGAUUUCGAAAAGACUUUCAUCCAAGCCAUUGUCUACAACUACAAUGUUCUUAAGGAACUUGGCGAUGAAGGCCAAGUCAAGGCUGCAGGUAAGGUCAUGACCAAGGGCAAGGAGUAUCUCGUUGAAGAUGGAGAUAUCCUUCUCAUCAAGGCCGGUGCUGCCCGGGGUUAG